AUGGAGGUGAAGAUCCUGCACAGGAACCCGGAGGAGUACAAAAACAACCCGGGGGCCUCCACCUACAAGCAUAGCAGAAGCGUGGACCCAAACAUCCACCUCUUCCAAAGGGAAAUAGAAUAUAAAAGGGCCCUAAAUGCAACGAAAAUAGAUAAAAUAUUUGCCAAGCCGCUGGUAAAAUGCUUGGAUGGACACGACGAUUCAGUCCGAUCCCUCUGCGUGUCAAACAGGUCGCUAACGGACCUGUACAGCGGGAGUUGUAAUGGCUUCAUUAACAUUUGGAAUGUGCUCAAUAAAACGUUAAUUAAAAAGGUGAAGGCCCACGAGGGGUUCGUGAGGGGGCUGUGCGUCAGCCACGAUGAGAAGUUCCUCUUCAGUUGCGGCGACGACAAGUAUAUUAAGCAGUGGGUUAUCGAGAGGGGUAGUGGGGUGGGCGGCCACGAGGAUGCCAGCAGCUUGGCCGCUGACGGGGGCAUUGGCUCGAACAGUUUCGACGCGAACCGCUUUCCCGCGAACCGCUUUCCCGCCUCUCAACCUUCCCGGGGGGAGGGAGCACUUGUGGCCAGCCAGAACAUGCAGAGGCUGAACCUCCUGUCCGACGAAGUGACGCCCAAAAAAAUCUACGUCUGCAAAAGCGUGCCCAACAGCAUCGACAAGCAUUUCUCGGAGCCCCUAAUCAUAUCAGGCAGCCAACACCUAGACGUCUGGGACUACUACAGGAACAAUGCCAUAGCUAGCUUCGAUUACAACAGCGAGUACAUUUAUUAUGUGAAGUUUAAUUACGCCCAGAGGAACCUAGUGGGGUUAACCCUUUCGGAUAAUUCUAUAGGGCUGGCUGAUAUUAGAGCCAAGACGCCCAUCAAAAAAAUUUUUUUAAAAUACAGAUGUAACGCUCUAAGCUGGAAUAAUAUGAAUCCAAAACAACUUGUCGUGGCAAAUGAAGACUCGAAUCUUUACACCUUUGACAUGAGGCACUUAAAAACAGCUACUCUUGUGCACAAGGGGUUUGUAAAUGCCGUGCUAGAUGUGGAUUACUCUCCCAUUGGGAACAAAUUCGUUGCUUGCUCAUACGACAAGACAGUUAGAUUGUUUCAUAGUGACGAAUCUAGGAGCUAUGAUGUUUACCACACGAAGAGAAUGCAACAUGUCCUCUGCUGCAAGUUUAGCUUAGACACCAAGUACGUCUACACCGGAAGCUCAGACAUGUGUAUUCGCAUUUGGAAAUCCUGUGCCCAUGAGCCAUCUGGGGUCUUAUCAAACAAGGAGAAGCAAGCCAUUAACUACCGAAACAAGCUGAAGGAGAAGUACUCGUCGAUGAAGGAGAUCAGGCGCAUCAGGGACCACCACCAUGUGCCUGCGCUCAUCAAAAGUAUGUCAGACAAAAAGAAGGUGAUGCUGGAGGCCAGGAAGCGCCGCGAGGGUAACAGAGUCAAGCACUCCAGGGACCCCCACCAGCUGCCCCUCCCGGAGAAGAAAAAAAUAUUCGUCACGGAGCAGUAGUGCAGGGGGCGGUGGUGCCGCGUUCAGCGCGUUUAGCGCGGGUAGCGCGUGUAUGGCGUAUAUCACGUUGGGGGGGCACUAAACAUUGCUUCCUCAUCUUCUUCCUCCUCUUCUUCUUUUUUUACGUUCUUCUUUCACCACUCGGUUGGCGCACAUCAUCUCAACCCCUUUCGCGUGAUGUGCAUUCGUAGUUUCAUUUUUAUUUUCCCCCUUUUGUGGAACAUGAGAGGGGGGAGGGGUUCUCCCGAGUGCUCCGUGAGACACUCUCCUAAUGCGGGGUGCGCUGCAUCACUGAGCCCUUUGCAAAUUCUUCCACAUGUUUGUAACUUUUAAAACAUUUGUCAUCUGCUACUGCUAUAUGCAUGCGCGCACAUCGCGUCUGCAGUUAAUCCUUUUUAUGUGAAGAAGCCCCC